CAAAGCAUCAUGCUAUUUGUUCAUUUCGCGAUUUCUACUUCAUGAACGUCUUCGACAUAUCAGGUGGCAUUAUUGACUAACAAGGUGAGGCACCAUGCGAGCCAAUCCGGCUGGACUAUUGAGACAUGGAUACCUCCUUGCAUCCACAAGCCCAUUCGACUGUCUGGGACCGACGCUAUUGUCACUAUUGUGCAGCGAGACGUCUCUUUGAAAAGUGGCACUACAAGAGUUGGUGCCAAACUCGCAGGUAUAUGUAUUCCACCGCUCUCCCCAAAAUACCAGACGGUUUGUUCGUGUACGUGUUUGAUCGUGGUAUCUGUCCAUGACUCUUCAGAUUUCAGGGUCCCAAGCAUUGACUUUCAUCUUCUACCCAGUAUCGAACCCAAGCUGCUGAGGUACUGUCCUCCUGCUCAGCAUGUUUCUGAAAGCCGUUUCUUUCAUUGCACGGCUGGGUGCUUUGGCCGGGUCCAUCAUAGUCCUGGGUCUCGUUGCAUCAUUUAUUCAUGACCUGGGACAUGCAGAGGAUUUCCUUAUAUUCAUCGAAGUCUGUUCUGCAAUAACUCUUGUCGGCGCAUUAAUUCCCCCUUACCCUCAUUUUGUAUACGAUGGCUUCUUUGGGGUAAUGUGGGCUAUCUGUGCCGGUUUUAUGCUGCUCGAGCUCUUUGUACAAACAGACUGCUAUGGAUUUUCGAAGGUCACAGGGAGAUGUCCGUCAUAUACUGCAGCAACGACGUUCUGCUUUCUCACCUCGUUUGCCUGGCUCGGGUCUGCGUUCUUUGGUGCUGUUCGGGUCCUCCUUGAUAUCUUCGCAGUUGCAAACAAGCGAAUUCGGGGGGUCGGAAUCAACCCUACAGAAGCAAAAACGGAAUCAUAUGAUGACACGGUGGAUAUCAAGGCAAAGGGAAUACUGGCGAAGAGCAUCGUCCGGCAUUGGUUUUUGUACAGUGUUGCGGGCAUUAUUGCCUUAGCAAUCGCCAUUCCCAUUCUGAUCUUCUACGCGCUUCCUCCAUUUGCACAGUAUAUGGUGGAUCAAAUGGAGGUACCAAUCACCGGCGUCAACGCAAGCAUGACAAAUCCAACAAAUGAUUCAAUCCAUUUCGAUCUCUGGUCCACUGUCCGCGUCCCUGGUGCGGUCUAUCCGUCAUUGUCCGGCAUGAAUGCCUCUUUCUACGUCGGGGACAGAGUGUCCCAACCGGAUGCCCCUCCAUUCGCAAUGGUCAACAUCCCCGCAUUGAAAUUCAGCCCAGGAGAUCACUUAGAACUCCGGAACCAGACUUUAACAUUGGGCGACGUCCGGGAGUUUGCGCGGUUCGUCAACAUUGUGGCGUAUAACAAAACCUUUACUAUUAGGGGCACAGCAUCGACGACUGUCAAAGUUGCUGGUCUAAGUGCUAAGGUCAACAUUGACAAAGUUGCAGGCUUUCCCGGUUUCCACAACUUCACGGACUUUUUGAUUAACUCCGUAGCACUGACACGACCGGACGAGGCGGGAAACAACAUUGAAGUGGAAUUGCUUGCCCCGAAUCCUGCUCCUGCUACGAUUGACCUUGGGAAUAUCACUGGCGAGGCCGUCGUUGGCAACAUCGUUGUCGGCAAUGCCACGAUAAACGCAUUGACGUUACAGCCGGGGAACCAUACUUACGCCAUUGAAGGCCAAGCGUUCCUGGAUGUUGCGAAUCAACAUAUCGAAGAAUUACUGAGGAUAGAAUAUCCCUACCUCCGUCAAGGACUCGUCGUGGCUGGGGUCCGAGGGAAAAAUGUGGUCUACAACGGUCAACAUCUUCCCUACUGGGAGAAAGCAUUUCAGACCAUUGACCUGACCGCAACUCGAGAUGCGAAGACGAUCCUCAAACAGGCACUAGAGGGGUCUCUCGGAUCAUUACUCGGCAACAGCUCGCAGCUUUCGGGACUUUCGGGACUCAUGGGUUCGAACUUGGUUGGGAGCGGUCUAGACCUGGUGAUAGACGCUGGGUUGAAGCUGAUUGCGUCUUUUCCUGAUGAUCCGAAACCUUUCCUCAAUCUAGCUGUACCGUUGUGUAAGACUGUGUUAUCUCUUCUGCCAACACUGGGGUUUUAGGGCGCCCUUGGAAAUUGGAAUUGUUCCUACGUCACACCCGGAUAUACAUCUAGAUAUCCCUUUGACCCUUUCCAAUUAAGUUGAUGUUGAGGCGCACGGCGUUAAGGCAAACACUGACUGACAUUUGCCCAAUAUAUCGGCACAGCUGUAUUAUCAUUUUUCAGGAGCUCUUAUUGGCGAACGC